CGGACCGCCAGCGGAGGCUGCGAGCGCCGCCGCCGGAGAAGACCGACGCUCAGCUAGAGCCAGCCCGUGGCGCCCGGGCCUGGCCAGCUGCUUUCCUCCAACCCCGCCGCCGCUGCUGCAGGCACUGCAAAGGCGGGCACAGCGGAACGCUAGGCCAGUCGGCCCUGCCCGGCCCGGCGCGGCCCGGAGCAGCGGCGCGGGAGGACCUCUGCAGUGGACCAUGAGACGGUAAUGUCCACUGAGGACUUCUGGGAGCCAUGUCAGACGAAUCCGCCUCAGGGAGCGAUCCAGACCUGGACCCAGACGUGGAGCUGGAGGAUGCGGAAGAGGAGGAGGAGGAGGAGGAGGAGGUGGCAGUGGAGGAGCAUGGCAGGGAUGAUGAGGAAGACCUGCUGGAUGACCCAUCCCUGGAAGACAUGUGUGGCACUGAGUGUGCCCAGCUGGGGGAAGAUGGGCAGCGGCCACCGCGGUGCACUUCAACUACCUCAUCUCAGUCUGAGCCUUCAGAGCAGCUUAGGCGCCACCAAGGCAAGAGCCUAGCCUCCGAGGACCCCAAAAAGAAGAGAGCUCAGAAGCCCUCCCACAUGCGGAGAAACAUACGAAAGCUGCUCCGGGAGGAUCAAUUGGAGCCAGUUACCAAAGCGGCACAACAGGAAGAAUUGGAAAGGAGGAAACGCCUGGAGCAGCAGAGGAAGGAUUACGCAGCCCCCAUUCCCACCGUUCCCCUGGAGUUUCUUCCCGAGGAAAUUGUCCUAAGAGCAAGUGAUGGUCCCCAAUUGCCUCCCCGGGUCUUGACCCAAGAGGUCAUUUGUUUGGACAGUAGCAGUGGCAGUGAGGAUGAAAAAAGCAGUCGAGAUGAGGUGAUUGAACUGAGCUCUGGAGAGGAGGACACUCUACACAUCGUGGACAGCAGUGAGUCUGUCAGUGAGGAGGAUGAGGAAGAGGAGAAGGGUGGCACCCAUGUGAAUGAUGUCUUAAAUCAGCGCGAUGCUCUGGGGCGGGUCCUCGUCAACCUGAACCACCCUCCGGAGGAGGAGAACGUCUUCCUGGCCCCACAGUUGGCACGGGCAGUGAAACCUCAUCAGAUUGGUGGGAUCCGGUUCCUAUAUGAUAACCUGGUUGAGUCCCUGGAGAGGUUUAAGACCAGUAGUGGCUUUGGCUGUAUCCUGGCCCACAGCAUGGGUUUGGGGAAAACUUUACAAGUGAUCUCUUUCAUCGACGUCCUCUUCCGCCACACGCCAGCCAAAACUGUCCUUGCCAUUGUGCCGGUUAAUACUCUUCAGAAUUGGCUGGCAGAGUUCAACAUGUGGCUCCCAGCUCCUGAAGCCCUUCCAGCUGACAACAAGCCUGAAGAAAUCCAGCCUCGGUUCUUUAAAGUUCACAUCUUGAAUGAUGAGCACAAGACAAUGGCAGCUCGUGCUAAAGUGAUGGCUGAUUGGGUGUCAGAGGGUGGGGUGCUGCUGAUGGGGUACGAAAUGUACAGACUCCUCACCCUGAAGAAAUCCUUUACCACAAGUAGACCGAAGAAAACCAAGAAACGUUCUCACCCAGUUAUCAUUGAUUUGGAUGAGGAAGAUCGGCAGCAGGAGUUUCGGAGAGAGUUUGAGAAGGCCUUAUGCCGUCCUGGUCCUGAUGUGGUGAUCUGUGACGAGGGACACCGCAUCAAAAACUGCCAGGCCAGCACCUCACAGGCCCUGAAGAACAUUCGCUCUCGCCGCCGGGUGGUGCUGACCGGGUACCCCCUGCAGAACAACCUCAUCGAGUACUGGUGCAUGGUGGACUUUGUGCGCCCAGACUUCCUUGGCACCCGGCAAGAGUUCAGCAACAUGUUUGAGCGCCCCAUCCUGAAUGGACAAUGUAUCGACAGCACGCCUCAGGAUGUCCGCCUCAUGCGGUACCGGAGUCACGUCCUGCACAGCCUCCUGGAGGGCUUUGUGCAGAGGAGAGGCCACACUGUGCUGAAGAUUCAUCUCCCUGCCAAGGAAGAAAAUGUGAUCCUGGUGCGACUCUCCAAGAUCCAGCGCGAUUUAUAUACGCAGUUCAUGGACCGCUUCCGCGACUGUGGUAGCAGUGGCUGGCUGGGGUUGAACCCCCUCAAGGCCUUCUGUGUGUGCUGCAAGAUCUGGAAUCACCCCGAUGUGCUCUAUGAAGCCCUUCAGAAGGAGAGUUUGGCCAAUGAGCAGGACUUAGACGUGGAAGAGCUUGGUUCAGCAGGAACAAGUGCCCGCUGCCCAUCACAGGGAACAAAAAGCAAGGGAGAGGAUAGUACCUUGGCCUCUGCAGUGGGAGAGGCGACAAAUACCAAGUUCCUACAGGGGGUUGGCUUUAACCCUUUCCAGGAGCGAGGCAACAACAUUGUCACAUAUGAGUGGGCCAAGGACCUUUUGACUAAUUAUCAGACAGGUGUCUUGGAGAACUCUCCCAAGAUGGUACUGCUUUUCCACCUGAUUGAGGAGAGUGUGAAGCUUGGUGACAAGAUCCUCGUGUUCAGCCAGAGCCUUUCCACCUUGGCUCUAAUCGAGGAGUUCCUAGGGAAACGAGAAGUGCCCUGUCUACCUGGUGCUGAGGGUCAAGGAGUACAGAAGUGGGUUCGAAACGUCAGCUACUUCCGACUAGAUGGUAGCACCCCUGCUUUUGAGAGGGAACGCCUCAUUAAUCAGUUCAAUGAUCCCAGCAACCUCACCACCUGGCUGUUCCUUCUCUCCACAAGAGCUGGAUGCUUGGGUGUAAAUCUGAUUGGUGCCAACCGAGUGGUGGUGUUUGAUGCUUCCUGGAACCCUUGCCAUGAUGCUCAGGCAGUAUGUCGGGUAUACCGUUAUGGCCAGAAAAAGCCCUGUCACAUCUAUCGCCUUGUGGCUGAUUUCACCCUUGAAAAGAAGAUCUAUGACCGUCAGAUUUCCAAGCAGGGCAUGUCAGAUCGGGUGGUGGAUGACCUCAAUCCGAUGCUGAACUUUACUCGGAAAGAGGUGGAGAACCUACUGCACUUUGUUGAGAAGGAGCCAGCUCCCCAAGCGUCCUUGAACAUAAAGGGGAUCAAGGAACCAGUCCUGCAACUUGCCUGUCUGAAGUACCCUCACCUCAUCACCAAGGAGCCUUUUGAGCAUGAGUCAUUGCUCCUUAACCGAAAGGAUCACAAGCUGACCAAGGCUGAGAAAAAAGCAGCAAAGAAAAGCUACGAGGAAGACAAACGUACAUCGGUCCCCUACACCCGCCCAUCAUAUGCACAGUAUUACCCUGCCAGUGACCAGAGCCUGACCAGCAUCCCCGCCUUCAGUCAGAGGAACUGGCAGCCGACACUGAAGAGUGACGAGAAGCCUGUGGCCAGUGUUCGUCCUGUACAGUCCACCCCCAUCCCCAUGAUGCCCCGGCAUGUCCCACUGGGAGGCAGUGUAAGCGCUGCCUCCAGCACAAAUCCAGCUAUGAACUUCCCAAUCAACUACCUGCAACGCGCGGGAGUCCUUGUGCAGAAGGUGGUCACCACAACAGAUAUUGUUAUUCCUGGACUCAACAGCUCCACAGAUGUACAGGCAAGAAUUAAUGCUGGUGAAAGCAUCCACAUCAUCCGUGGAACAAAAGGAACAUAUAUCCGCACGAGUGAUGGAAGAAUCUUUGCUGUCCGGGCAACUGGCAAACCAAAAGCCCCUGAGGAUGGUCGGAUGGCUGCCUCAGGUUCCCAGGGGCCUUCUCUCGAGUCCACAAGCAACGGCAGACACAGUGCCUCAUCACCCAAAGCCCCCGACCCUGAGGGGCUGGCCAGGCCCGUCUCUCCAGACAGCCCGGAAAUCAUCAGUGAGCUCCAGCAGUAUGCAGAUGUGGCUGCUGCCCGGGAAUCCCGUCAGAGCUCCCCAAGCUCCAAUGCCACCCUGCCUGGCCCCCCGGCUCAACUUGUGGACAGCAGUACUGUUCCUGGGACAGCUCUCGGGACUGAGCCUCGACAUGGGGGUCAUUGCCUCAAUAGUUCCCUCUUGGGGACUGGCCAGCCCUGUGGUGACAGGCACCCAGUGUUGGACUUAAGGGGCCACAAACGAAAGUUGGCCACACCACCUGCUGCCCAGGAGUCAACCCGCCGGCGGUCCAGGAAGGGCCAUCUGCCAGCCCCCGUGCAGCCGUAUGAACACGGGUAUCCAGUUUCUGGCGGGUUUGCCAUGCCACCCGUCUCCUUAAACCAUAACCUCACCCCACCCUUCACCUCCCAGGCUGGGGAGAACACCCUGUUUAUGGGCACUACCCCCUCCUACUACCAGCUGUCCAAUUUGCUGGCAGAUGCCCGCCUGGUAUUUCCAGUGACUACUGACCCUCUGGUGCCAGCAGGCCCCGUCAGUUCCUCUUCCACGGCUACCUCAGUCACUGCCAGCAACCCCUCCUUCAUGCUCAACCCCUCUGUACCAGGGAUACUACCCAGCUACUCACUCCCAUUCUCACAGCCACUCCUGUCCGAGCCGAGGAUGUUUGCGCCUUUUCCUUCCCCUGUCUUGUCCAGCAACCUUUCACGGGGCAUGUCUGUCUACCCAGGCUACAUGUCCCCACAUGCAGGCUACCCAGCUGGCGGCCUUCUCCGGUCCCAGGUGCCUCCUUUUGACUCUCAUGAGGUUGCUGAGGUGGGGUUUAGCUCCAACGAAGAUGAGGAUAAGGACGAUGAUGUGAUAGAGGUCACUGGGAAAUAGCUGGGGAGCCCCUCUCCACCUCACUCAGGGCCCCCAGCAGGUUGCCCACCAAGAUGGAAGGCAGCAAUCUGGGCUUUCUGAGAAUGGCGCACUUGGCAGGAGGGAAAAGGAGGAGAACAAAGAGGGGUGGUUGACCAUAGGUAGCAGGGCUCUGUUGCUGUUUAAUGAAAGAGGAAAAAAAAAAAAAUCCAACAGAGCAGCAAUAGUGGGAAAUCAGGGACCUAAAACAGGAAUGGAGGGGCAGGGCAGCCUGCCUCUCUUCCUGCCUGCCUUGCUAAUACUGUCUGCUUGCUUGCUUGCCCAUCUGAGUGUAGAAGCUCACAUCCCAUUUCUGUCUGUGGGAACAUUCUCUCCCAAGAGAACUGCCUUACUGGGUGACUUAGCUUGGCCUGGAGAGGGGAAGGGAGGGAGGGGUGGGUAAGAGAAGAAGGGUGGGCAGACUGAGAUUCCAUGUGAUGUGGAAUCUUUUUAGGGGGUGGGAAAGAAGCAGACCAGGUAUGUGUGUUUGUGCGUGUAUGUGUUUAUGUAUGUAUGUAUGUGUAUGUAACAGAUCAGGGGUGAAGGUGGGUGGGAAGGGAGGGAGGGAGGGACUAAGGGGGAAACUAAGAAAUGAAUUUAUCUUUUGUAAAAUGGAAAUCAGAGUGUGGUGGUUCAUGGCAACUAUUAGCAUAAACACCAGGGUGAGCCCAGGAGAAGAGCCAUGGAAACCACAAGUUUCCUUCCAGUUGGGUGAAGAAAAGGCCCAGCUAACCCAAGUCCCUGGUUUUCAGAGCCACAUUUGUUUUAGAAUUGGGGGAAAUUAUGAGAGAAAAUGGGCAUUACCAAGCUCUGUCUCUUUCCCCAGUGGCUGUCUCUAAGCAGAUCUCCCUUUCCAGGGCAUGAGAUUAUCUGUGUGCAGAAGCUGGGAGAAGCACUGUGGUGUGUGAAUGAGAGGUCAUGGAGUUGUGGCCAGAAAAGACAUUCUUCACAAGGAUGGAACUGAGUUCAAGCUGCCUGUUCUGGUGGCUUUUCUUUCCUUUCCUUCCCCAUUAGAGAGCUCCAUGUUAAUUUAUUUCUUAUGGGCAAUUAUUUAUUAUUUGGACUCUUCAUGUGUUUUAGUUCUUUUUGGGGGGUGGGUGGGAGGGGAGGUUAGGGUAAGGAGGGUAAGAGAUGGGAAGAGAAAUGUUAAGAUAUCUCACACCCCAUAGCUGCUGGUGAAUAAAUCCUGGGUAGAUGAUGAAUUGACCAAGGAAUGAGAGUUAGUCUUGACAAAGGUUUACACUAAACAACUAUGUUUUCAGGAAAUGGCCUCUCAGGAUGAUCAGGAAAUCCUGUGACUGGAUAGUUAGUAGGGGUGAGACUCAUUCCACAGUUAUCAGAACUUAGGAUCAUGGAUUUGCAAUGGGGAGGUAAGCGACCCCAAAUUUGGAGCUGUGUCCUCCUGGGGUAAACUUGGAGGCAGUCUCUGUAUGCUGAAUAGUGAAGCUAUGUAUAGGUGGCGCUGGGUUGAGGAAACAGACUUUUGAUUUCCUGCUGGGAAAUGUCUUGGCCUCCUCAGCCUGUCAGAUAAUCAAUGUGGGUCUGGUGUCUCCUCCCUCCAUCCUUCUUUUUGAAGGAAUGUGGAGGAGGCAUUCCUCUGUAGGCCUUAAAUCAUCUAAAAAGAAUAUAUCAAUCAUUCUGGGUCUCCCCUUUCUUGUUGCCAGUGCUGGGCACAGAGGGGCAUCUAGUCUUUAAGCAUAAACAAUGGCUGUCUUCCUAUUGGUUCCCCCACUACUGAGACCUUGCUGGGCAGUUCUUUAUGAUGAACAAACCCUGUCUGACUUUAGAGCUUUACCACCUACCCAUGGGUCCCUCUUCACUGGGCAGCUGUUACACCUGCCUCUUUUCAGCCCUUGGAGACAGGUUAGCCAGCUCACCCCUUGUAGUAGCUGCUUCUUCAACUCUUCUGACCAGCCAUUUCCAUGGUUGGAGGGCCUUAGAGCAAUCUGGGGUAUUAUCCCCAAAGAAGAGACAAGGAUAUGGCUGGUGUGUGUGUGUGUGUGUGUGUGUGUCUAUGUGUCUGUGUGUGCGUGUGUGUGCGUGCUGUUCACUUACACCAAAAGUGGAACUUAAGGAGCUUGCUUUCUGUUUUCAUAAGCACCCUGUCAAACACUUAACUCUCCUACUCAUAGAAGCCUUAGAUCUACAAUUUAGCUAUGCAAAUUAUUUUAAUAAUUUAAAAAAGCAGUUCCAACCAGUGCUUUCUCUUUCAGAUGCAUCCCAAGAAUGAAUGGUAAAUGGAUUAAGUUGGAGUGGGCUUUCAGGUUGAGGCUGGUGCAAUAGGAGUAAGCUAGCCUGGAUCUCCAAUUUGCAGAGCCCACUCACAACCUGGGCUACCACUGAUGCUUCUAAGGCCCCAGAGCACUGGGAUCCCAGAGAGAGAGAGAAAGAGAAAGAGAGAGAGAGAGAGAGAGAGAGAGAGAGAGAGAGUGUGUGUGUGUGUGUGUGUGUUUAGGGAAGGAGAGGUAUUUCUGUGUUCACCUCUAGGAAUUCACAGUAGCAGGCUCUGAGAAUCCAAAAACUAUCCCAGCAAGGAACUGAAACCAGUCACUGGAGGGGUGGCCUUCUGAAGGUAUCAGGAAAUGAAUGGGUGUUCUGAGAGGCAAUUUGUGCUUGUUCUCUACCCACUGGUUCCUUGGGCUGGUCUUGCUUCAAUUCAGGAGAGGCCAUAGUUUUGUGAGUCUGAUCUGGCUAGACAAUGUGUACAGCUUAUAUUGUGUAAGGGGGUAAGGGUUGGAUCAUGGAAAAUUAGAUUCUACUGGUUCCAUGGUUUGUUUGGGGGUUGUUUGUUUUAAUGAGCCUGGAAACAUUUCUCUGACCUUUCUGCUCUCUGUUUUUGUGUGCUGGUAGGUAAGCGUGCAUGCACACCAAACAUGAGCAUAUAUGUGAGGAAAGCAGAAAAUGUCUGAGAACCUAAGAACCAUGUUCUAUAGUUUUUUUCAUCAGAAACACUUGGUGGUGCCUUCCACCAAACACACAGGCCUGAGUAAGGAAAGGAUGGUGAUAUGAAAGAGGGCAAAAGAUUAGGCCUAGGUAUUUUCCUUCACUGUUGUCUUACACAGAAUGUUUUCAAGAGCUGGAUUAGCCUAAAUCCUCAGCCUAGAAAGUAUUUAAUGAUUCAGGAUUAUCAUUUGUAGUAAUGUUUGAUUUCCUUUUCUCAGUAUCUUUUUAGAUAAAAAUUCAACAGAGAUAAAUUAGCCAUUUAUGUGAGAAGUGACCAUGUUGGAUUCAGAGCUGUUUCUUCAGAUUAAAUAUCUGCAAAAUUCUCCGCCCCCCCCCCCUUGAGUUCUGCUUCUUAAGAUAGAAUCUUAAGCAUCUUCUGACUUAAGGAUAACUCUGGUCUUUGGAACUCUCUUCCCUAGGAACUAGUGCAUGGAAUCUCUAUAUACUUGUGAUUCACAAUAUGAAAAUUUCCCGCUCCAGGGAAUGAAGCAAAUAGUUGGGGUAACAGUUUGCUGAUAGGUUGAAACAGUCAACCAAACUUCAGCAGUCUGGGUGGGACUGUCACUCCCAAAGCUGUUAGCAGAGCAAGGCUCUCUGCUUCAGUCUGUUCCUGCCUGGCAUUGCUCUGGAACUAAGUCCUCAACCCAUGGGGAAGUUCUUCUGGGGCUUUACAUUCCUCGUCCCCAUUUUUCCUGGCCAUGACCCUCUCAAGCUUCCCGGUUCCCUGUGAUUCCACAGAAGACCAGCUUCUCCUUUCUGAGCCAUUGCCUCCUCUGCACCCAACUCAGUAGCUCUUCACCCACCAAAAUUCCUGAGAGAAGAGCUCCUUCCCCCAGUGGACCCCCAGGAGACUUACUGGCCCUCUGCUGACUGUUCCCAAGAAAUCCACACCUUGAGGUCUGUCUGAGAAUACUGUGCUCUCCACUCACCUUCAGACUCCCCUCCUACUGACUCUUUGCCCUAUGUGUUCUGCCGUAACCCUUAAUGUCUGUUCUGUGCCACUGGCUUGGUCCUAGGCCUUUAAUGAAUACCUGACUUACGAUGAACUUCCUGAGCAGGCAGUAUCCAACUUCUUUGCUCUUCAGGGACCUGAGUCUACUCCUUUUCUCUCGAGGGUCUAUUUGAUACAGUAAUCUAGUGCACUGGGAAGAGGUGGCUAGGCAGGCUGCAGAGUCUAGUGCCUGGGGCUGGGGGAGAUUUAGGUACUCUCUGUUACCACUACUGGGAAAAUAUUCAGAAGAGAGGGGACCUCAUACUGUGACCUGACCCAGGACCGUCCUCCCCUGGAAGAGAGCUCAGCCCAGGUUUUGUGUGGGUGUGUGGGUGUGUGGGUGUGUGUGUGUGUGUGUGUGUGCGUGCGGCAGUGUAUGUGUGUGGCAGUGUAUGUGUGCACAGGUAUUCUUAUGUGCACGUGGUGUAAACUGACUUAUCUGGUUGUGUUACUCAGGGUGGGCUGGGGACUCAUGGGAAGAAUCCCCUCAGCCUGCCCAAGACUGUUUUUUUUCCUGUACCCUCUCCAGAGGGGUCAGGGGAAGGGGGUCCAGGUGGGUAGAGGGGGUUGCAAUGGAUAACCACUAAGGCCACACUGUUGCCAGGAGGAGUGGGGGGAGAUGAGGUGGCCCCAGGGACCUGGCACCUGGCUUUGGUUUUCCGUCUUCUUUCCUCAGGACGCCCCCUGAGGCUUGGGACCUGCGCCUGGCUUUGAGGAGCAUCUGUAGCUGGGUGCUCCAGCUGCUGGUGUGAUCAUGGGCUUCCCUCCUCUCUCAGCAGGGCAGGUGCUCCUGCCCCAGAGACUGGGCAACUGGCUGUUUCUAUGACGUAUUUAUUUUUACUUGUGUUUCAUGUCACUUUUUUAAAAAAGCAAACAGAACAAUUGUAAGUCAGUAUAACUGCCUAUCAGUUUUCUUUAUUUCUCUUUUUGUAAAAUAAAAUUUAAACUGAAGAA